AUGUCGCAAACGUCACAUCAAUUUCAACCAAGUAAACCACUGGAUACGAUACUAAAAGGUGGAAGAAAAUUGCAAGAAAAGUCAAGAUAUAUGACUAGUAAACCUGUUUCAACAGAACGUCAAGACUUCAGUGAUGAGUCGGAUGAUGAAAAACCAAGUAUCACAAUAAGGGCAGUAAAAAAUGAAAAGAGCACAGGCAAAGGAGAACAACGAGAGAAGAAAUUGGAUGUGAUGGCUUAUUUUAUACCACUCGAGACGGGUGGUUACCAAUGCAGAUUAUGCUCAAAAUUUCUCAAAUGUGAUAAAUCAUCGGACACAAAUUUACGUAAACAUCUUGGUACAUUUGAAAAAAUGCCACAAUUUCUUUAUCCCUCUCAACGAAAACAACAUAAAACAGGAAAAUUAGCACGAAUAACAACUAAACGAAAACUUGAAUUAGACAGUGCACUAUUCGAAUGUAUUCUAUUAGAUGGUCGAUCAUAUAAUGAUUUUAAUAAAAAGGGCAUGCAGUAUUUCUUGAAAACUGCUUUACCCGGCUAUACACCACCGACAGGUGUAAUGAUUCAACGGCGUCUUGGAUUAUUAUAUCGUGAACAUAGUAAACAAUUACGUCGAUUUUUAUCUACGGUCGCUGAGAGCUGA